AGGAGGCUGCGCCCCCUACUCUCCGCCCGGCCGCGCGGUGCCGGCCCCAGCUCUGCGGACGGCCCGGGAGGCUGAUCUGGCUGCGGAGGUCGAUCCUGACAGCUCGGGGGCAGGAGGGGGGCUGGCCCUGCUCCUCACGCCCACCCCGCAGGGACCCAGACGCCGCUCCGGCCCCCUCCCUGCACCCCGUCAGCCCGGGAGCUGCAGGAGACCGGGGCGCAUCUUUCCAAGCGCCGGGCCUCGCUCUGGGACAACGGUGUCCUGGGGGCGGGGAGGGCGCGCGGAGGUGCCAGGGGCGGCGGGGGACCCGGCCUGGCAGCACCGCUUCAAGUUUCCACCGGCGCGGUUGUGCAACCGGGAGGGGAGCGUGAGCCGCAGGCGCCUCGGAAAACAAGCCGAGCCCAUAAACAAAGCCACGUGGCCUCCGGGCCGGGGGGCCGGGCUAAGAGCGGGCGGCUCUUCCGGCAACAAAGAGCUGCGGCCGGCUGCGGGGAUAAAUACUGCGGCAGCUACUGCCGCGCAGCACUCCCGGAGCCUGCAGCGCUUGAGAUCCUCUCCGCGCCCGCCACCCCGCAGGGUGCCCCGCGCCGUUCCCGCCGCCCCCGUUGCGGGCCCCUGCACCCCGAGCAUCCGCCCCGGGUGGCACGUCCCCGAGGCCACCAGGCCGGCCCCGUCUCCCCAUCCGUCUAGUCCGCUCGCGGUGCCAUGCCAUUCCUCGGGCAGGACUGGCGGUCCCCCGGGCAGAACUGGGUGAAGACGGCCGACGGCUGGAAGCGCUUCCUGGAUGAGAAGAGCGGCAGUUUCGUGAGCGACCUCAGCAGUUACUGCAACAAGGAGGUAUACAAUAAGGAGAAUCUUUUCAACAGCCUGAACUAUGAUGUUGCAGCCAAGAAGAGAAAGAAGGACAUGCUGAAUAGCAAAACCAAAACUCAGUAUUUCCACCAAGAAAAAUGGAUCUAUGUUCACAAAGGAAGUACUAAAGAGCGCCAUGGAUAUUGCACCCUGGGGGAAGCUUUCAACAGACUGGACUUCUCAACUGCCAUUCUGGAUUCCAGAAGAUUUAACUACGUGGUCCGGCUGUUGGAGCUGAUAGCAAAGUCACAGCUCACAUCCCUGAGUGGCAUCGCCCAAAAGAACUUCAUGAAUAUUUUGGAAAAAGUGGUACUGAAAGUCCUUGAAGACCAGCAAAACAUUAGACUAAUAAGGGAACUACUCCAGACCCUCUACACAUCCUUAUGUACACUGGUCCAAAGAGUCGGCAAGUCUGUGCUGGUCGGGAACAUUAACAUGUGGGUGUAUCGGAUGGAGACGAUUCUCCACUGGCAGCAGCAGCUGAACAACAUUCAGAUCACCAGGCCUGCCUUCAAAGGCCUCACCUUCACUGACCUGCCUUUGUGCCUACAACUGAACAUCAUGCAGAGGCUGAGCGACGGGCGGGACCUGGUCAGCCUGGGCCAGGCUGCCCCCGACCUGCACGUGCUCAGCGAAGACCGGCUGCUGUGGAAGAAACUCUGCCAGUACCACUUCUCCGAGCGGCAGAUCCGCAAACGAUUAAUUCUGUCAGACAAAGGGCAGCUGGAUUGGAAGAAGAUGUAUUUCAAACUUGUCCGAUGUUACCCAAGAAAAGAGCAGUAUGGAGAUACCCUUCAGCUCUGCAAACACUGUCACAUCCUUUCCUGGAAGGGCACUGACCAUCCAUGCACUGCCAAUAACCCAGAGAGCUGCUCCGUUUCACUUUCACCCCAGGACUUUAUCAACUUGUUCAAGUUCUGAAUCCCAGCACAUGACAACACUUCAGAAGGGUCCCCCUGCUGACUGGAGAGCUGGGAAUAUGGCAUUUGGACACUUCAUUUGUAAAUAGUGUACAUUUUAAACAUUGGCUCGAAACUUCAGAGAUAAGUCAUGGAGAGGACAUUGGAGGGGAGAAAUGCAGUUGCUGACUGGGAAUUUAAGAAUGUGAACUUCUCACUAGAAUUGGUAUGGAAAAGCAAAAUACUGUAAAUAAACUUUUUUUCUAACAAUUUGCCAGCAAGACUAUAAGGGCAAUAAUUCUAUUUCAGCGGUGAAAAUGGAGUCCUCUUAAUGGUCACAGAAACUCCCUUAUAGUUCCCUAGGAAGAAAAAGGCAAAACUCAAAUACAAAAUAGGACGCUUUGUUUACAAUGUGAAAAUUUGUUUAGAAAAGAAAAAAAGAAGAAGGAAAACUACAUAGGAGAAAUUCCUGGGCUUUGGGGUUUGAUCUGGUGUUUGUUUUGAGAAGGCGAAGGAAGCGCCACCCAUCCUAAACCUGCAUGGGCACAGAGCCUUACCCUACAGAGAUACCACACAAUGGUCUACCUCUAAAAGCGUAGAGUGCCCUCUCUGACAACGCAUGUGAUCCAGUAGGCAGUGUCUGUUUUUCUCGUAAGUGUUUUCAUCACUAUAAAAAGUGAUUUAAAAUGGAAAGGGAUAUUGGAGGCAAUCCUCUGGUUUCACACUUCCUUUUCAGGCAAACAGGGCCCUCCUUAGAGUUAUCUGUUCACCAGAACAACCCAAAAGCACAUGUUCCUUUUUUCCUGUCAUGUUGUAGCUCAUUUGGGGGAAAAGAAGGCCAACUUAAAACAGUCCCAGGGGAGGAUUGCUUGAGCCCAGGAGUCUGAGGUUUGCAGUGAGCUAUGGUCGUGCCACUGCACUCCAGCCUGUCUCCAAAACAAAACAAAACAAAACAAAAGCCGUCCCAGAGAAAGUCCUGCUGCAGAAAAGAUGAUAGAAUUGGUCACCCAAUCAAUAGCUGUGAAGACUUCCUUAUUCCUGCUGAACUUCCUUCCUUGGAUAUCUUCAUGGAUAAGCCUGUGUCUGUGGACAGAGUGGGGCCCAAGUGCUGAGGCUCGAAAGACAGGUUUUACAAUCAGCCAAUUAAACAUCUUACCAGUUGCUGUACCCCUUGCCAAGGGGAUGAGCUGAGGAGCUUCUUUUCUUUAGGUCCAACAUCAAAAUGAGUCCAUCUGAGCUAGGGCUUUUUGCAAAGGUGAUUAAAAAUCAAGGCUGGAGUUCCAGCCAAAUAGGGAGGAGAGGUACCACAAGUUCAUCUUAAACUUGCUUCCGGGCUGGGUAGUUAAAACAGGAAGAUCCCAAGGGGAUCUUACGAGGCAAAUAUCAGCAGGUAACUGUGGAAGAAAGGAAAUCUCAGGACCUAAUGAGUUCGUUGUAAAAUAUUCCUGGGAGCAGAUGGGGGAUCUACUCCCAGUUUUUUACUUUUUACAGAAUAUUGUUGCUUUCCUACAACAAUGUACAUAUAUUUGCAGUUGUAUAUGCUUUUUUUUUUUCCAAAUAAACUUGUCACCCUGCAUGCCCUUGGCAAAUAAGUGAAGCAGAAAUAGGAACACAGUCCACAUUCAAGUUGAGGAACAGUGUAUCUUUAAGAGCUGACGUUUGGGUGACCUGGAAAGGGGGAAAGAUGGCUAAGCAUGGGGAGAAACGAGGCAAGAGACAAGCUAUGAUACAACACCACUUCAGCCCCUGCCCUCAAUAGCACACAACCCACGUAUCAGCUUUCUGAAGAGAAGGAACCUACUGUUUAGUGCUCCUCACUUUGCAAUGUUUGUGCUACGCCAGAAUUUCUCCAGUUUUUUUCAUUAUCAUCCCCCUGAGAAAAAAAUUACAUUGAAUUUAAAUUUUCCCUAAUAAGAGAAAUUAAAUAUGAAAGAAUAGGAUUUUGUUGGGUAAGAUUGAGCUUUGGAAGGUCACGAACCAUUAUUCUAUCUAAGGUGUGUGUUUUGUUUUGUUUUGUUUUGUUUUGUUUUUUUGCAAUCCCUCUCCCCCUGAACCAAUUUCACAUUGGGAAUGCAGGACCUAGACUGCUGAAUAAAAAGCUGCUUCUUCUAUAAUUGUCAGGUUCUCUCCAAUUUCUCAGCUUCCUCAAAGACAUGGGGUGGAGUUGGGUGUGCCAUCACUGAGAGAGCUCUGGAACUUUUGACUCUUAGUGACAUUUUUAGAUUUAGGGGUUCAUGGCCUUCCACAUGUUGCCACCAACUGGUGAUCUCUGCCCCUUCAUGCUGAUCAAGAAAGUAGAAACUCCUCGUCGCCUUCAGGUUUGCAGUCGCAGAAACAUUGCCUGCUGUGGACUGUCAGCACAAAACUGGGACACCGGUCUCAUUUAGACUGUCAGCAGUGCACAUGAUUGUACGAUAGACUCCAGGCAACCAUGUGCAUCUGUGCAAGAUGACCUCUGCCCCAAGAGAAGGGUUACGGUCUAAUUAAAUGUUUACCAAGAUGGUACCAGUGGGCUCUCCCCGUGUCCUUUGGUGUUAUUGGAGCUGGUGUAUGACAGACUCAAGGAAAUUUUUUAAGGAAAAUGAAGAAGAAAUCAACCUUUAUGGUUCUCUUUCAUUGGAAGAGGAGAAUAAGGAAGGAAAUGGCAGGUAGAGAGGGAGGGGGAAAGGAAUAGAAAUGGCAUGUCUUUGAUGCUGUGGCUUGUGUGGGGACAAUGGGAAGAGCACAGCAGGCACAGCAUAUCUGUGUUAGUGCCACGUGGUAUCUGUUAAGUAUGGCCAGAGCCUCACAUAUAAGUGAAGAGAAUUAAGACAAUUCUUGCUCUUUGAACAAUAAUAGUCUAUAGAAUUUCUAUUGGCAAACCAUCCCAGACAACCUGACCUAUCAAACAAAAGCAAAUAAUCCCUGUCUCAGAACUGCUGGUCUAAAAGCUAGAAGGGGCAUGACAAUGGAAAUUGCUAGAAAAGAGAGAAUGCUCUACUCUCUUUCCUGUGCCUACCUACCCCCAUCCUAAACCCUGUAAAACAGAAUUUCAAAAUAGAUGUCAAAUAUGAAGUAAUUCAGACUUCCAAAGAAGGAAAGAGUUCUGCCCAGGGCAGUAUGAGCAAAUCCACAGGGAUGUUAAGAUUUGGUCCAACUCAAAGGUUUAUGGGCAGUGAGCCUAGAGUCUCUUGAGAGUAAACCCUUGCAUUUGGGACAAGGAGAAUAUGUGAAGUUCAGGAGUGCUCACACUAGAGCAAGAUCCAGAAAAAAAAAAAAAAUCCAAUGGCAUUUUAAACUAGAUUGCAUUAUCACUCAAUGCUGUUACUUUGAGCAGACAAAUCAGUUGAAUGGGAGGGCAAAUGGCAGAAAUGAACAAAAGCUAUUAGGUGAAAGCAUCCCCAAUGUAUCAGUUGUGAGAUGAUUUUUGUUUAAUGAUGAUCAGGUUUACAUUGAAGUGGCUUGGAAGACGUAUUUCAGAGGGACUGAGUUUGUACUGCAAAACUCUGAACACUAGAGCAGGUUCUACUAGCACUUGGGCAGUAAGGUAGCGGGUGUGUAUUAUGCUAUUGCCAUAGUUCUCGUCUUUGUGGAUUCACAUACCCUUUCCCAUGAGGAGCUUGCUACUAACAGCCUCCUGUUUCUGUUGUUUUUAUAUGGGAGAAGAGAAAGAGCUUGGAAUUUCAAUUGUCUAAACAAUUGGUAUGAUUUACAAGGAGGCAAACCAUUCAGGAGAUGUUCAACAGUGUAUCAUUCUUAGCAUUCAAUACAAUGUUUAUUAUAACAUAUACACCUGAGUUUAUGUUUUUCUGCCAGGCUGAAGGGCAAUAAUGUCUUGCUAUGCAAACACUCUAUUUUAUGUGUGAAUUUUUUAACUGUAAUUUUAUGUGUGAAUUUUUUUAACUAAACUCUGUCAUCAUUUUCUAUGUUGACAUCUUUUUUUUUUUUUAAUCUGUUUCCAACUCUGAGUCUGUGAACUAUCUCUUCUGACUGGAUGCUGGCCUAAAAUCCUAUUAGUGCUUAAACAGACCUCAAAACACUCUGAACCUGUAGGCCAAUACAGAGAUGUUGUUCUUUGAUAUAUCUUGGGUCCUUGAUGGCUUCAACAAACAAGGUCAUAAUUUGUUUAAAUUCAGUGUUUUCUGUAGAUACCUUCUUCUCAGUUUCAUUAAGAAGAGUAACCAUCUUUGGUUUUCCAAAGAAUGGAAACUCCUACCCCAGACUUUAGACUUAGAGCUUCUGCCUUUCACGAUAAGUAAGAGAUCCAGAAUGUUUAGGGGAUGUGCGUCAGCCCACCUGGUACUCAGUGGCAAAGCUGAAUGCGAACUUGAGGCCUCCUGAGGCCUGACCUUCUGUGCCCCCAGCCCUGCACCCCAAGCACCUUUUGGUGUGGCUGGAAACACAUGACAUUGGAUGUGAUUUUUCUCAAGCCCUUCACUGUGGAAGGCAUGGGAGACUGCCCAGCAUUGGGCAUGCGGCUGUUAACGUUUCCAUUUCAAGUCCCUGAUUCUUACUGGAGAAGUUAAGGAGCCACUUAAUGUUUUCACAGACCUCUGAUUCUGUUGUGAAUGUGGCAUUCCAGUGAGUACAACCUGCUUGCUAUAAAGAAAGCAGCAUAUUUUGACAAUUUUAUUUCUUCCUUGGGUACUUACAUUUUUAUUACAAAAACGGCCGUUAUAAAAAAAGACAGAAGGGCUGGGCAGUGGCUUGCUCCCUAGAAACUGAGAUUCCGAAGCAGGUGUUUCCUCUCCCCUAGACUCAGAGGUACCUUUAAUCCAUCUUCUCCAUUUCCUCCUUCAGGACCAGCUAUGAGAUUCAGUGCAUUUCUAGCCCAGCGGAUGUUCAUUCUCCACUAAACUUCAUCUUUUACUAAGCAAAGGGGGAUUAUUCCAUGAGGCAGCCAGGAGCAAGGGGCCAUGAUAUUCAUGACUUUGUCUGCUGGGCAUUUUUCAAAGUGUCCUUGAAUUCACUCAGCAAACAAAGCUUUCUGGAGAAUCUCUCAAAACUUAGGCCCUGCUCCAUUUGGCCAAAAAUGAUGGCUGCUCCAAAACUCUGAACUUCUUAAAACUCCAUCUGCUACAUUAUUUCUGGAGUUUAAACAUGACUUUUUCUGUCUUUGAGUAUAGAUGUGUUUGUUUAAUUAACGAAGCACAAGUCUGUUAAGCAGAAGGCUCCAAGCUGUAUUCUAUACUUGGGAAUCCUUGGUGCCAUCUUUAUUCUACCAAGUGCCAAUCACCAUGGCUAAAGUGGGCGUAUAUUACAGCCUGUGUCCUAAGCUUAGAAGCUUUAAUGUACUUUUUUUAAAUGAAAAGUAUUAGAGGGGGUUGAACAUUGUAACUAAAGCAUAAAGUUAGACCAAUUACAUGCAGAGAUGUUUAUUUAAUAUUGUGUGAGCUGAGUCCUUCUGUAUAAAUUAUUUGCACACUUUUCUUGCAUGAUGAACUGAUUUUUUAUAGUUGUUUGUACCAGACGGUGGCAUAUUUUUGUAAAAAACUUUUGACACUGAAUUGCAAUAAAUGUUUUUCCAACAACA